GCAGAAAUACUGACGUGUUCACUCCAUUCACUCCGGAGGGGCCAGUGCAGCGAGGCUAGUCCGAGCCGGGGUAGUGACACAGCGGCCGCAUCAGAAUGUCAGAAGGGGAUAGUGCUGGGGAGUCAAUCCAUGGAAAACCAUCGGUAGUCGCAGUCUUUUUUACACGGAUUGGACAGAUCUAUCAGUCAUGGUUGGACAAGUCAACACCGUUCUAUGCAGUGAGAUGGGCUGCGACCUUACUACUCACAGCAAUCUACAUGAUCAGAGUGUACAUACUACAGGGUUGGUAUAUAGUAACUUAUGCUUUGGGAAUCUACCAUCUCAACCUCUUCAUUGCUUUCCUGUCACCUAAAGUGGACCCGUCACUGCUUGAUGAAGAUGAUGGUCCAGCUCUUCCGACCAAGCAGAAUGAGGAAUUUCGUCCAUUCAUCAGGAGGUUACCGGAGUUCAAAUUCUGGCAUUCGGCAACAAAAGGCAUCGUCAUUGCCAUGAUUUGUACAUUUUUUGAGGCCUUCAACGUACCGGUGUUUUGGCCCAUAUUGGUCAUGUACUUCAUCAUGCUCUUCUGCAUCACUAUGAAGAGGCAGAUCAAGCACAUGAUCAAGUACAGAUACCUACCGUUCACACAUGGGAAGAGGACGUACAAAGGCAAGGAAGACACAGGGAAAACAUUUGCUAGCUAAAAACCCACUCCCCUCCAAACCAUGGGCUCAGAUAGUGGUGUUCCGAAGGAUUACUUUAUUUUCUAACAGGGGAGUGAAAGCAUCCAGGCAGUAUCCAUUCUUUAUAAAUGAGGGGUAGAAGUUUUAGUAAAAUUUCUGUAUUGCCUUGACAAUUCAAAUUUAGAUUUCUUAAUUUUUUUUGUUUUGUUAGUUUUUUUCCGGACCGGUUAUGUCUGUUAGUGUGACUCAGUGCUGCCCUCUAUGCCUUUUUUUAAUUUUGGGGUGGUAUAAAGUCACGUCAAGAUUGCAGAAUUCUAUGUCAAACCAAAAUUCCAAUUUAUUGUCUCCCAUUGGAAAUAAUCUGACAAUUCACUUACUGUAAUGCGACAUUUGUAACAUUAAAUAUUUAAACCACUAGUGUACAGUAACAUUAUUAGACAGUUUUAAGGUUGACUAUUUUAAAAUGUAUCUUUCUGUCUGAUUCAAACUCCUUGUUAAGACAUAUCGCCUGAACAUUAAAAGUAAAUUAUAAAACUGAGAAAACUGUAAAUGCCAUCACCAUUUUUCUAAAUAUUUGAAUUUAAAUAAAACUUAAAGUGUGGAGUGAUUUUUGCAAACAAUAUUUUUCAGUUUGUAAUGCAGUAGGCCAGUUUCACAAGAUUAUCGGUUUCUUUUAAAUGUUUUAUUUAUUUUAUUUUUGACUGUUGGUAAUGCAGUCCAAUAAAUACAAUAAAGCCUGUAUUUUUUUAAUUACUUUUUCAGGAAAAUUUGAAUAUUUAGUAUUUUCAUUUGGAAGUAAAGCAAAAACUUGACACGCUUUUUUGUUUUAUUUUUGUUUUAUUUUUAUUUUAAGUCUAACCUUAAUAUUAAACAUAAAAUACAGAUUGGUAAAAAACAUCUGAAUUCUAUUGGGUCUUAUGAAACUGGCCUUUUUGCAUAAUUGCAGUUUGAAUAUGCUACAAACAGACUCAACAGAUUACUACCGGUACUUUAAUUUUAAUAUUUUGCCCUCUGCUGUUCUUCAGUAGUCACUGCGCUCUUAAAGCCUCAGCUACAAACUUUGUCAAUGAUGAUGUAGGACUGCAUUAGAAACCUACUAUUAUAAUGCUUUAACAUUUAAAUCAGUAAUUCUCUUUUAUUUUCUUCCCCUCAAAUUAACUUGAAUGAGGAAAUAUUUUUGGUAUUUUUGUAGCUUUGAAUGAGGAAAGAUACAAAAAGAAAGCAGAUAGAAGCAGGCAAUUUAAAACAAUAUAAAAUACAGUAGAUUGUGGACUACGUCAAUUCCUAACUUGCCACUAAAGUAAUUUUUUUUAAUUUUUUUUUUUAUCAAUACUUAAUAUUUUUGAGGGUUUUCUGGUUAAAAUUUAAAGUUUAAAGAGGCCGUAUUAUGCUGUUUUCUUAUCAAAUACAUACCUGGAGUUGUGUUUUGUCUUGGUUACACAUGUUUAACACACAAAUUUCAGGCUGAGUUCUUCUCUCAAACUGAAAACACUCUGUUACACCUUGUGAAGUCGUGGUAAUACAGGCCAUGCUCUAUAGUGUUUUAAAACUCCAUACACCUUCACUAGAAUCACAGAUAAUUUCAGUUAUGGAAUUUCCAAGGUAAAAGGUACCUGGUAACCACUUGGUGAUGCCACAAGGUAGAACAGAGCUUUGAGUAAUCCUUUAUUGUCUGUCUUCAUCUCCAAACAUGUGCGAAUGAAACAAAGCACGACUCCGGGUAUGUUUUUGAUGAGGUAACUUUUUAACAUACCUUAACUUGCUUAACUUACAAGAGUCACUUUUGUGUAUUAUAGGACCUUUAAGAACUAUCAGUAUUACAUUUCUAAAAGGAAAUUGAUAGAUUUUUUUUUUUUUCCCCACAAUUUGCCCAUUAUACAAAAUAGUCCAGAAUCAUUAGCAGAUUUCAAAACCACAAAUUCUAGUCAUUCCAAGCAAACUGUUGUUCUUUCUUUUGCAGAGGAGACAUAAGAAAACAGAAAAUUGGGUGCAGAUCACAGCUCCUCUAUUGAUUUUACUGAUUUGAUUUGUCAUUUUUCUUUUUGGGGACUUGUCUCUGCUUCAUUUUGAUUGUGACUGUUGAAAGGGAACAGCCCGUGAACUGGAGGAUGUGUACAUACGUAUAUAAUAUAUAUUUUAAAGUAUGAUUUUUGUUCUUGAGAUUUCUUUUUUUAUUUCUGGUUUUCCUCCAACCGCCAUACUGAUAUUGUUUCCAAUAGUUUGAAUCCAUUUUGUUUGGAGAAAAAAAAAAAACUGUUGAAAGCAAAACUCAAUUAGGAUUUGUUCAAUGAAAUAUUUCUCAUGAAUUGCAUGUUGUUUUCUUGUUCUAUAUCUCAAAAGACAGACUUGAUUUUAAUAACUUAAGUGUAAUUUUUCACUCCAAAUGCUAUUAAAGAGGCUGUGUUGCUUCAACAGAACUAAA